AUGGGUGAAGGGGGAAGGUGGUGAUGGUGGUGGUGAUGAUGGUGAUGAAAGUUCUUGUUUUCUUGUUCUUCAUCUUCAUUAUCAUUUUCAUUACCAUUAUUAUCACCACCACCAUCACCAUCACCUACACUACCACCACCACCACCAUCCACCCACUAGUGCCACCACCAGCGCCACCCGCCCGAUGCUUACCCAGUUGAGGGCAGACAAGGCACUGAAGCCAGACAGCGCAGGGCGGGAGGCCAACCCAGACCAGUGCGUGUCCAACCACCGAGAAGGGAGGUCGUUCGCCGCUUUGCUCCCAACCUCACUCGCUGCUACGACCACCACCUCCACUACCACCACUGCUAUCUCCACUGACCCCCUCCGUGACGACCCCACCACUGACCGCCAACAGAACACUGGAAUGUACUGGACAGAAUCCCAUAAGGCGUGGUUAGAACAGAACUUCUAAAGGAGCGAAACUUUUGUCGUUUGAAAAAGAACACGUGGCAGUGAUAUUGUUGAGGUAGAGGAGACACGACCCACUCCCGAUUAAAAAAGAAUAGUCGUUUGUAUCUUUUUUUUUUUUUUGUUCUUUAGUGGUGCAUGACUGAAAAAAAAAAACAAUAAACAAAACAAAACACACGAACAAGUAGAAUAAGGAAAUCGCAUCGAAAUAUACCAGAUCAUCGAAACGCCCCCGCAAAAUAAAAAAAAAAAGAAAAAGCAAACUGACGAAGGAAAAACAUAAUUGAAAUUUAAGGGAAACAGGAAACAAAACUAACGUGGCACUGCAUUAAUUCCCGCCGCUCACAAGGACUCACAGUGGGCGUGCGGGCGUGAGAGAGAGAGAGAGAGAGAGAGAGAGAGAGAGAGAGAGAGAGAGAGAGAGAGAGAGAUGAAGCAGCCACCCCACCCACACCACCCCCACCUCCGCAACCUCCACCACCACCUGUAAGAGUCAGUAUGAGGCACUCCCGCCCACACGACCCCCGCGCGCCACGUGUCUCGGCCUCCCGCCCCCCGCCGCCCUUCUCCACGCCCCCCAGGUCCCACGUCAUGCUGUGGUGCCUCAUCGUCCUCUUCCUCGCCGUGAAGGAAGGCGGCGCAGCAGGAAGAGUAACGCAGGGCCCCACCUUUACCAUCGAGCCGCCCAGACACCUUCACUUCACCAACUCCUCUGGCGCCGUGGUGGACUGCAUGGCGGAGGGGGUGCCGGCGCCUGCCUUGUUCUGGACCACUGGGGACGGCCGGCGCGUGGAACAGGUGGAGGGGCUGAGAGAGGUGGCCGCCAACGGGUCUCUGGUGUUCCCGCCCUUCCCCGCCCACCGAUACGACGCCCACGUGCACGCCUCCACCUACACCUGCCGCGCCUCCUCCCCCGCAGGCACCCUCCUGGCCACGCCCACCCUCGUCAGAGCAGUGGUGGUGGGUCAUUACGAGGUGCAGGUGUAUGACCAAGUGGUGAUGACAGGCAACACCGCCGUGCUCCGCUGCGCCGUGCCCUCCUACGUGCAAGAAUACGUGACAGUGACCUCCUGGGUGCACGACCGCUCCUUUAACAUCUAUCCCUCGCUGCAUGGAGACGGCAAAUAUCAUAUGACUGCUGACGGGGAGCUACACGUGUUGGAGGUGGGCGCCCCUGACGGCCUCUCCCGCUUCCAGUGCCGCACUCUGCACGGACUCACGCGCCGCACACAGCUGUCUAACACCCCUGCCAGAAUUAUCAUUACAGAGCCGCAAGGAACAGUGCCCCCCAAAAUACGAGAGAGGACUAGGCGUGUGGUGGCGGAGGCAGGGGCGCGCGUCACCCUGCCCUGCGUGGCCCAGUCUCACCCCCCGCCCACCUACAUGUGGUACAAGGGCGCUACGGCGUUGACAGGAAGCAGCGGGGUGUGGACGGUGGGCGGGUCCCUGGUGUUGGAGCGUGUGGGCGUAGCGGAUGCUGGGGAGUACAUCUGCGUGGCCAACAACACCGUGGGAGAGACCAGGUACUCUGCCCACCUGCUUGUGACCAGGCCUCUCUCUGUGCAGGUGACGCCGCGGGAGGUGCAGGUGGACGCGGGGGCGACUCGAGCUACGGUGCCACGUGUCAGGGGAGCCCGUGGACACUGUUACCUGGAUGAAGGAUGGAAGUAUGCUCAGUCACAGGUCUAAUGAUCGAGUCAGGAUUCGCCCACGGGAGUCGCUGCAUCUUGCCCCCGUGGACAUCUCAGACACGGGGAUUUACCAGUGCGUGGCCACCUACGGGCAAGACUACGCCCACGCCCCUGCCUACGUCACCCUGG